AUGCUUUCAAUAAGGUCUCAUAUACUCAAAACUUCCAAACGUCACAUUUCUGCUUCAGCAAAAAGACUAGCAGAUGUUGAAGUCACAGUUGAUGGUAGAAAAGUUUCAGUAGAAGCCGGAUCAUCCAUCAUUCAAGCAGCACAAUUGGCUGGUGUUCAAAUCCCUCGUUAUUGUUACCAUGACAAAUUAGCCAUUGCUGGUAAUUGCCGUAUGUGUUUGGUUGAUGUCGAAAGAAUGCCAAAGUUGAUUGCAUCUUGUGCUAUGCCCGUCCAAAAUGGUAUGGUUGUUCACACUGACUCCGAAAGAAUUAAAAAGGCAAGAGAAGGAGUCACGGAAAUGUUGUUGGAGAACCAUCCUUUGGAUUGUCCUAUUUGUGACCAAGGUGGUGAAUGUGAUUUACAAGAACAAUCACAAAGAUAUGGAUCUGAUCGUGGUAGAUUUAAAGAAUUGGUUGGUAAAAGAGCCGUUGAAAAUAAAGCCAUUGGACCAUUGGUCAAGACUUCGAUGAACAGAUGUAUCCAUUGUACUAGAUGUGUUCGUUUUAUGAAUGAUGUUGCUGGUGCACCUGAAUUUGGUACUGCUGGUAGAGGUAACGAUAUGCAAAUUGGUACUUAUAUCGAAAGAAAUAUCAACUCAGAAAUGUCGGGUAAUAUCAUUGAUUUAUGUCCUGUUGGUGCAUUAACUUCCAAGCCAUAUGCAUUCAGAGCUAGACCAUGGGAAUUGAAGAGAACUGAAACGAUUGAUGUCUUGGAUGCCGUUGGAUCCAAUGUUAGAGUUGAUUGUAGAGGAAUUGAAGUUAUGAGAGUUUUGCCAAGAUUGAAUGAUGAUGUUAAUGAAGAAUGGAUUUCCGACAAGACAAGGUUUGCUUGUGAUGGUUUAAAAACUCAACGUUUGACUACUCCAUUGAUUAGAAAUGGCGAUAAAUUUGAGACCGCCACUUGGGAUGAAGCCUUGUCAACAAUUGCUGCUGCAUACACCAAAAUUAAACCACAAAAUGGUGAAUUGAAAGCAGUUGCCGGUGCUUUGGUUGAUGCUGAAUCAUUGGUUGCUUUGAAAGAUUUGGCAAACAAGUUGGGUUCCGAAAAUGUCACCACUGAUGUACCACAAGCUGUUGAUGCCCAUGGUUUGGACAUUAGAUCAAACUACAUUUUCAACUCCACCAUUGAUGGAAUAGAAGAUGCUGAUCAAAUUCUCCUUGUGGGAACAAACCCAAGGUUUGAAGCUGCUACAUUAAACACGAGGAUAAGAAAAGUAUGGUUAAGAUCAGGUUUGGAGAUUGCUUCAGUGGGUCAGGAAUUUGAUUCUACUUUUGAUGUCACCAAAUUAGGUGACAAUGCCAAUGAUCUUAAAAAGGCACUCGAUGGUGAGUUUGGUGAAAAGUUAGCUAAAGCUUCAAGACCAUUAAUAAUUGUUGGAUCAGGUGUUGCUGACUCCAAGGAUGCCCAAGCCAUCUACAAAACCGUUGGUGAAUUUGCCUCUAAACACAAAAAUUUCAAUACCGAAGAAUGGAAUGGUGUCAAUUUAUUACAUCGUGAAGCUUCAAGAGCAGCUGCAUUGGAUCUUGGAUUCAAUACCUUGUCAGAACAAACUGCCACCCCCAAAUUUAUUUAUUUAUUAGGCGCUGAUGAAAUCUCCAACAACGAGAUCCCCAAGGAUGCAUUUGUUGUAUAUCAAGGUCAUCAUGGUGACGUUGGUGCUUCAUUUGCCGAUGUUAUUUUACCAGGUUCGGCAUACACUGAGAAAUCAGCCACAUAUGUCAAUACUGAAGGAAGAACCCAAAUCACUAGAGCAGCUACCAACCCACCGGGGGUUGCUCGUGAAGACUGGAAGAUUUUAAGAGCAUUGUCAGAAUACCUUGGUGCUAAAUUACCCUAUGAUGACAUUGUUUCUGUUAGGAUGAGAUUGGGCGAAAUUGCCCCACAUUUGGUGAGACAUGAUGUUAUUGAACCUGUAUCUUCAGAAAUUGCUCAAAUUGGAUUCCUUGAUUUGGUAAAUAAGAAUAAAUCAGCCAAGAUUGCUGGUGAACCUUUGAGGAAUCCAAUCACCAACUUUUAUUUCACUGAUGUGAUAUCGAGAUCUUCGCCAACAAUGGCUAAAUGUGUUGCUGCAUUUGGUGCUAAAAUAGACAAAAUAAAAGAUGAAAAACCAGCCAUCAACUUUUAA